AGAUUAAAAAUUUUAAAAUGUUGCAUAAGUGUUUGUUAGCAUUUAUAAAAUUUUAAGUUUUUUAAAUUUAAAUCAGCUUAAUUUUUGAGUUUUUAUGCUGCAAAACCCUUGCAGUGCUGUUUUUUUUAACUAAUUCAAAAUGUUUGUAAAUUUUGUUAUUUAAAUCUUUAUUUUAAACUAGUAAACUUUUAUCGUCUGUUAUUACCUGAUUGUUUCAGCACUAGUGCCAUAAAUAUAAAGUAGUAAAUAAAUUAAUGAAGAAGAAAUAUGAUACAUUCCAUAAAGCUAACAAAGAAGAAAGAGAUCUGUCCUGUGUUACCUUUAUGUAAUGCUGUUGUUUUCUAUCAUCUUAUUACCAUAUUUAUUAGUGAAAAAAGAAGAUGGCUAUAAAGAGGACUUUUCAUUUCAAAAAUUAUCUAAUCUGUGCUCAAUCAAGAUGUUAUGGAAAACUAGUUAGAGAACAAGAUCCCGAAGAAACAACUAAAAUGCCUAUCUUUGAAUAUGCUACUGAAAACACUAAACGCAGAAAGCGUGUCUACGUGUGGGGUAAUGCCCUGUUUGGAGCAUUAGGGAAAAUUAAUUUUAUAAAACCCGCUAAUGGCCAAAAACCUCUAAAAAGUAUGCAUUUUCCUUGGAGGCUAUCUUUUGCUGAACUUCAUAGAGUGAGAGACAUAGCUUGUGGAUAUGGAUUCACAGUUUUUGCAGCAUCUAAUGAUGAAAAUGAUUUUUCACUUUUUGGUGUAGGGCUUAAUACUGAUUUUCAAAUAGGCUACCAUUGUAAAAGAAAAAAUCAUCCUCUAGAGAUAAUUGGUGAACCUGUCCCUAUAGCAUUGCCAUUAUAUAACUCAAAUACAAAAGCCAUUAAAGUUGCUUGUGGUAGGGCACAUACGAUUGUGCUCACAGAUAAAGAAGGCAUUUUCAGUCUUGGAAACAAUACUUAUGGGCAGUGUGGUGUGCUUUCAAAUACAGCUGAAAGAAAGGAGGAUCUAAUAAAGGUUCAUAAAGUUGAAGGAAUUGAUGAAGACAUUGUUGAGGUUGUAUGUGGUCAGGAUCACACACUACUUCUGUCAACUUCUGGAAAAGUGUACAGUUUUGGUUGGGGUGCUGACGGCCAAACCGGUCUGGGUAAUUAUAACAACCAAUUCACUCCCGCCAUGUUGAAAGGAGAUAUUGAGGGGGAAAAAAUAGUACAGCUCUCCUGUGCAGCUGAUUGUGUUUUAGCAGUUUCAAGUAAAGGAGAUGUCUUUGGAUGGGGAAAUUCUGAAUAUCGACAGUUAAAUUUAGCUACUGAAAAACAACAGAUAAAUGUUCCUACUUACCUGAAUCUAAAUCUGGGCAAAAUUACUCAAGUUGCAUCAGGCGGGACUAUAUGUGCUGUUGUGAAUGAGAAAGGAAAUGUCCAUGUUUGGGGUUACGGCAUUUUGGGACAAGGUCCAAAUGUCUCUUCGUCAAAGAUUCCAACUUUGCUACCUCAACCAUUGUUUGGUGCAAAUGAAUUCAACUCCGAUGUGAAAGUGAAGCAGAUUGUUUGUGGGCUGAAUCAUUUUGCUGCUCUUACAAAUCAUCACCAUUUGUUUAUGUGGGGAAAGAAUAGGAGCGAUUGUCUUGGGCUUGGAAAGAAUAGCGGAGAUCAGUUUUUUCCUUAUAAAGUUCCGGUCCCGUCUGAAGUUUUGAAAGUUAGCUGUGGUGUUGAUCAUACAGCUGCUUUAUGUAGAUCUUUUAUAUAGCUGUAGAAAAUUUU